AUGGAAUUUUAUUACAUCGAAGAGCUCUGUGAACACUCAAGAAAAGGGGAUUUGGUCAGCAUCGGUCGUUUGUUAAACGAACAUAAGGAGCUCAAAGAAGGAAGAAUAAAGGAAGCAAUGGAAAGAGCAUUGUCUGUAGCAACUGAAUGCGGACAUUUGGAGAUUGUUCGAUUUUUUGUGAAAUAUGGAGUAAAUAUCACCAGGAAAGAUGAGAGUAGUCUUCUGUUUAAAGCUGCUUCCAGCGGAAACGUCGAGUUGGUGAAGUACCUCGUCAGCAGCGGAUGCGACACUGCUCUAAAAGACGGUUAUCAGCAAACUCCAAUGCAUUUGGCAGCGGCGAACGGACACACAGAAACUGUGAAAAUUUUGGCUGAAAUGGGAGCC